CGUCCCAGGCCCCUUUUCUCACAAAGGCUCGUGUAUCGCAUCGCUCUCUUCGUCAUCAGCCAGCACUUUAGAAACAAAGCAAACGAAGAAACUGGGCGAGCGAUCUUCUUGACACCGUCGUCAACCAUCGCCGGCCGACAGGAUGGAUGCGCAUACACUCAACGCGUGGACGCGCUUCGCCCUCCUCAAAGGGGGCAUUGGCUCGUGCACCGCCAAGCUGGACAAUCCCGCGUCGGACAUUGAGGACCUGAUGUUUAUGACGGGCGAGCAGAUCAUCGUCCUGCGGAGGCUAGACGACGAAGGCGCCGAGGGCAGCAGUGGCAAGCGGCGCAGCGGCGUCAAUGACUCCGAUGCCUGGUUUCUGGGUUACUGCGAGGGCGUCGUGGGCCGCUUCAAGGGCGAGCACGUCACCUUCCACGGCAAGCUCAAGAAGCCAGUCCUGAUGCGUCGGAGUGGUGUGGGCACGAUUCGUGACUCGAGCACGCGGCCGAUGAGCAAGUCUGAGGCGGCGACAAUGCACGUAUCGCAGGUGCCCCUCGGCAUCCCCGUCACCGCCGUCGACUCGGACGGAGAGGAGGAAGGCAUGUCAAUUGACAGUCACAGCGUUCAGAUCAGCCAGAUGGGCGACUCGUCCAGCCACAACCACAGCACUGGCGGGUCGGCAAUAAAGGGGGAAAGAAGCGCAGCGGCGCAGGAGGGCCGUUCAGCUGCUGCUGGUGCGGCUGCAAGGGCGGUUGGGAACGCAAAGGCAGCUGCGGCGACGGCGGCUGCCAAUGCCAAUGCCGGCGGACGCUUGGGAGUGGCCACGCCUCCCCUCUCGGACGAGAGCCACGCGCGCAACAACAGCCGGAAGCAGCGCGACUCCAUGGAUUCUGACGACUCGGAGACGAUGCUUCCCUGGGCUCGCGCAAGCUCAGGAAGCGUGGCCAGCAGCGCAGGCUCCGUCCAGGCUGCCCCACCGGCCAAGCUCGACACGGGCGGCGUCAAGUCCGGUACGGCGCAAAAGACGUCGCACCUGCCACCGUCGCCCAUUUCCUCGGCCGAAUCGCCCAUCAAUGCCCGGGACCAAGCGGGUGCGGCAGCGCUUCACUCCAGCAACAACAAUGGCACCAGACCUGGCCAUGGUUCCACCACCUCGUCGAUCGACACGACAAACACGUCCGAGUCCGACGACGACCCACACAACCGAAGACGCGAUCAGACCUUCUCGAUCUACGACGUCUACGGGCGAGAUAGCGUUGCCUUUCCCAACUUUGACUUUCGGGAGCUCAACAUUCGCAAGUCGCCCGGCGGCCGUGUCCUCGCCUCGAACAUGUCAAUGGAGAGCCUGAAUUCCAGCCGGGCCUCAAACAUGUCUGGCAACAGCAUUGGCAACCCUAACUUUCGCAUCGCGCCGUCGUCGCCACUGGCCAACGGUGCACGCAACCUGACGCCCACAUCAAACAAGACGGCGUCUGACGCAGCCGGCAUGGCGUCGAACGAAGCGGGACGGAUGCAGAUCCCCGCUGCUCUUCGCACGCCCUCGGGCAGGCGACCAUCGGCAGCGCCGCUUCCCACGGGAGCGGGCGCAGCCUCGACACUGCGUCGCAAGGUGGAAGCCAGCAGCAGUGCGACCUCGUCACCGCCUCGCCAGGGCUUCAGCGGGGGCAUGAGUCAAAGGGACUCUUCUGGAUCGACGCAUUCUGCGGGAGGAGGUGGUAGUGGAGGAGGAGGAGCAGGGCUCGGGAGCUUUGACCCGAAGAGAAGACCCUCGAUCGGUAAUUCGGCACCCAUUAACAGGCCAAUGCAACGCGGCAACAUGCCCCCAAUGCCCACCACUGGACCUUCUGGCUCUCCGGCCUCGAUCCAUUCGCAGCUGCAUCAGCAGCAAAGGCCCAACGAAGCACGCAGGCGAUCGACGUCAAUGUCGAGCCCAACUGCGCAGCGACCACCGCACCUGGGUGCAGCGCCAGAGGCAAUGCCACCAGGGCCUUCGCCACGAAGCUUUGUCGACCAGCCACUACCCUCGCCGAAGCUGCCGUUUGCCCAGGGCGGACCAGGGAGCGGGCCGCCAUCGCCGGGCUUUGCGCCUCACCGAUCCUCGUCGGACCGGUCGAGCCAGCGGGAAAGGAUUGGGAGUGGGCAACUGCGAAAGAACCCCAGCAACCCCCAGCCUGGCGCCCACGGUGGCAUGUCUACCGUCUUUGGUCUCUCUCCCGGUCCUCCGGGUGGCGGGAGCGGGACGUCCCCUUCGUCGAGGAGUCCGAGCCCCUUCUCUGCGCCGUCACCCAUGUCUGCGCAAAUGUCCCUGCCAGGUGCUCGCGGCUCACCGAUGCUCUCGCCCACCUCGCCUGGCCUGGCUCCUCACUCUCUCGCGAUACCGGGUCCGGCUGUGCCAGACGACCGAGCGCCCGUAGAUGCGCUCGGCUUUUACCUUGGCACCGGCGUUCCCUACAAACCGCCGGUCGAGGACCACGAGGCCGUGGAAAAGUGGCAGGGCAUCCUGCAGGAAAACGACUUGGCCGGGGCGAAAAAGAGCCGCAAGGUCAAGAAGCUCGUCCACGCUGGCAUCCCGCAGUCGAUGCGAAAGAGCGUCUGGCUCUUCCUGGCCAAUGCCUCGACCAGGAGAAGGCCUGGGCUGUUUGAGCAGCUGUGCAAGCAGAGCCAAGAGCCAAAGGUGAGAAAGGGAAAGGAAGCCGCCUACGAGUCCAUCGAAAAGGACUUGGACCGGUGCUUCCCUGAUCAUCGUCUCUUCCGAGGCGAGGAGAGCAGCGGCAAGGCGGAUCUCGAGGCAAUCCUCAAGGCCUACGUCCACUACAACCCCACCGUCGGCUACACCCAGGGCAUGGGCCUCAUUGUUGGCUGGCUCCUUAUCCAGAUGCCGGCCGAAGAGGCCUUUUGGCUCUUCUGUGCCAUGCUCCGCGAUGUCCACGUCGAGGGCUACUAUGGCAACGAUCUCAAGCAGCUCCACGUCGACGGCAUCGUCCUGGGCCAGCUGCUGCAGAGCAUGGAUCCCGAGCUGGCACAGCGGCUCAUCGAGCUGGGCAUCGAGCCGAUCCACUUUACACCCUCGUGGUUCCUCCCCCUCUUUGUGCGCAUCCUGCCGUGGGACACGCUCAUGCGCGUCUGGGAUGUCUUCUUCUUCGAGGGGCCCCAAUGGAUCCAGAGAGUGGGCCUCGCCAUCGUGCGCAUCAUCAGAGAACCUCUGAUGGAUCGCAAGCAGUGCCCGGGCCACGCGGAAGCGUUGAGGAUGCUCCUGCACCCACCGCUGCAGCUCAUGUCGCCCGACAACGUGCUGGGUUGCGCAUUUACCGUCAAGCUCAAGGACGGCGACGUUCGAAAGCUAUCGCGCCAGGCCUCCAAGCUCGUCAGGACCAGCAUGGGCGGACGAGGUCGACCGACUGGCCCCGCUGGCGGCUCCAUUGCUCGUUCCACCUCUGCCCCGGCUGCCAAACGGUGACACUAAUAGUUCGCCAUGCCCACUCCGGAUACACUUUACCCAUCUCGGCGCAUUCUCCCCCUUCACUCCUGCACACUCUCCUCUCAAUCUAU